AUGCUUAUACAAAGAAGCAUAAGGAAAAAAAAAUGCAUUAUACGCAGUCUGGUGAAUGUGUACCUUUCUCUACCCCGAACUUUCACAAACAUUUUCUACUACUUUUAAGCAGUGGUGCACAGUUGAGCCAGUCUGAACAAAAAGAAGAUACAAAUGAAAUGUUUUCAGUAUUUUGAAUGGAUAACCUAGUAGGCUCCUUUAAAAAACACAAAAAGUGCAACCACGCGAUUUCCAAGCCCGAAUAUCCGUAACCAGGAGGUAAAUAACAACCUUUUGCAAACCGGCAUUAGCAAAUCACGCCCCGAGUCCGGCUGGCCUGAUUCAGGACUCGUGAAUGCGGAGCGCCGCGCUUCUGGGGCAGCCGAGAGGCAGCGGCCGGACGCGGCCCGAGUCCAGCUCCGGUGCCCGGCUCGGCGGGGCCGCGCCCGGCCCCGGGCGAGGCGAGGCGGCCGCGGGCGGUGCCGGCGCCGGGCCGGGCAGGGGGAGGCGCGGGCCGGCCCGCCCGCACCUGCGCCCGCCCUCGCCGCCGCCUCCUCACCCACCUGGCCGCGCUCGGCACGGCCGCCGCCGCCGCAGCAACAUGUUGCCCAGGGGAGCCUCGUCCAUGCCGCCGCCUCCCAACCCCGCUCCCUACUUCCCGCCUCCGCGGGUCACGCUGCCCUCCGGCCUGGAGAUCCUGCGCACCUUCUCGGGAGCCGUCAUCUUCCUGGAGAUCGUGUUUGGAACAAUAGUCUGGAUUUUGGUCGCCUCUACCCAAAUUCCACUGCCAGUGCUGCAGGGAUGGGUAAUGUUUGUGGCAGUGACAGCGUGGUUGCUCUCCAUUGUCUUCCUCUCUGUGUUCCUCUUUGGUUAUGCAAAUAGAAUUGCUGUCAACUGGAACCAGGCGGAUUUUAUUUUCCAUGGGGCUACUUUUGUCUUUUAUUUUGGAGCAUUUCUACUGCAAGCAGCAACUACAUCUCUGCAUUACUUUCCCCGCAAAUUCAACUCCACCAUACAAGAGACGAUUUUAAGUGGUCGUGAAUAUAACAUAAGCAUAGCAGCCUCGAUUUUUGCCUUUGCAACAGCUAUUUGUUAUGGUUGCAGCACAGCCCUGGCAUUAAGGAGAUGGAGGCUAAAUAACAGCUGAAGAGAGGUUAAUGCCCACAUGUUCCACUUCAGAUCAAAUUAAGUGCUACUUGUCUGUUUUACUGUAAUUUAAUUUUAAAGGACUUUUUUUCUGCUUAAAAUCUGCUUUAAAUGCAUGUAACCCCUAAUCAGGAUUUUUUUCAACAGGAAAAAAGUUUCCAUCUCUUCCCUUUCUGAUAAUUACUUUUACUGUGUACUCAUUGUAAGGUAUUAGAGAGUUUAGGGAUGAAGAGAUACGUCAUUAGCAGACAACAGAACUCCAGUGCUACACCAGAAGAGGAAGAAAAUGGAAAUCAAGCCAAGAUGUUCUCUGCCCAGGCAGCUAAAAAGCUGCCCCCUUGUUAAGCCUUGGGAUCAAGCGCUUCGUUACAGUGCACUCCACACAGGUAGAGCCUUGAGGCUCCUGGUAGAGUCAUGGGUGUUCUGCAUGCUGCCCUUUGCAUGAUCAGAGCCCAAGCUGACUUUGAAAUUCCAACUUAGUAUAUAUAUAUAUGUGUUAUUAGCUUUGAUGUACAGAGAAAAUAUUUUAAAAAAACAUCCAGUGAAACCUUUUUAUACUCUCUUAAAGCUGUGUCUGCUUAGGGUCACCUGAGCCUUAAAGCUUACUGUGUUCCGUACUAGAUGAAAACUGGGACUUUCAAUCAGUCAUUUAUUAGUUUUAGGAAUUUAGCUUAAUCAGAUCUAUUUAUACUACAAAACAAAACAGUGCAUUUGUGUUGUGUGUGUAUAUACAUGGUAUUUUUUUAACAGGAAUUUUUGCACUGUUUAACUUUGUUGGAGUACAGCUUUGUUCCUGCUACUUCAACUGCUGCAUUUGUUAGGUAUUAUGUGAGUCAGUAUCAUUUGAAUGGAAUGUUACCAAAUAGUGAAUAAUGUCUGACCUCAAUUCUUGCAGUGUGUUAUUUGUUGCAUUCUCAAGCUGCAGUGUUGUAAAGGUGUUCUUAUUUGGACAGAUGCCUGUGCAACAUCUUGCUGAAAGCAGUGGGAUGCAAAGCGGUCCGCCCACUAUGGAGUUUGCUUUUCACAUGAAUGAUAUUUAAUUGAGCCUCUCUUGAAUAUCCUGGUGUAUGAUGACAUGCAAUAUGAUAUACAGAAAAUUGAUUUAGCAAAACUAAACUAUAGCAUUGUGCUCUGCUCCCUGACACUCAUGUUGUUUUGCACAUGGUGAAGCUUUUGGUCAUAUUGCUAGUAAAUAAUUCUUGCUUUUGUGAAUAGUGCCAAAAAGAUAAGCUGGGACAAUAAAGGCUCCCUGUCAUUUGUAAAACAACUUGUUCACUACAUCUUGCCAGUGCACCUGAUUAUUCUGCAGAGACCAGCAGUGGUUGCGUAAGGGAAGGCAGGAUUUCCUUCAUUCCCCGGCCUACUCACUCUCCUUGAGCCAGCAAGGGUGUCUGCCAUGGAGGUUACUUUAUCAAACUACUCAGGUACAAGGAUCUCUGAGGGGCAGGUUCUUGUGGGUGGCACAGCAGUGAGUGGCACCCUUCUGACUAUGGAACCACUUGGUCAUCCUGAGUUACUACAAUGGGAUGUUGUCAUUUAUCUGUUUUCUAAGAUUUUGUACUCUGCCUGAUUUUUUUUCCCCCAGUUCUCUGAUUGCAUUGAAAAUUUUUGUGAACAUUUUAUCUAGAGUCAUAUACUUUUAAAAAUAUUUCAUGUUGUACAAAAUACAUUUACACUGGAGUAUAUGGAUGAAAGUAUAUAACGAAGACUUACGCUAAGCAGCAUUAAAGUAACUUAAUAUAUAUAUGGCAGUAGUCUGGUUAUUAAUUUUGUCUUUGGAAAGUAUCAAAAAUCCUACCUUCCUACUCUGACUCAUCUGAUGCUAGACAUACAAAAUUGAGGCUAAGAUUUCAUGAGAAGGCACAGUUGCAUUGGGGCUAGUUUCACAUAUACUUAAUUAGUGUCACAGCUACUUUGCCAUGAGACACAGUGUGGAUAUUGGUGAGAAGAGUAAAGUCUACAUUUCAACAUUACAAUGUAUCAAACAAAUGCUGAUCUUUGGUUUGGUUUCUCCUGUGUCCUGCACCCUCUCUGUGCCCUGCAUACCACAGGCUGUGCAUGCCACAGCUGCAGCCAGCUGAGAUCAUGGAGGGCAGAUCCUAAUGUUUUGCACAUUUAAACCUGCACAGUUUGAAUCCUUCACAUGGAAUCAAUUGAAGAGCUGUCCAAGCUUAGUUGGCAUUUGUAUCUAUCCUCCAAGUUCAAACAUGAGGUGUAAAACCCUUGAUUGGUGAGUGCUAUUCAAGUCUCUUAAUCUACUCGUGGAAGUCCAGAUAGCAGAGUGCGGUUAGCGUAGCAUGGAAACUGUUUGCAUAGUGAGGAAAGACUGAACUUUCCCUCUCAAGUAUCAAAGACAAACAAAGGACAGAGAAGAGAUAAAGGUAAAAACUACAGUAAUGAAGAACAACUUUUGCAGCUAAAAUGGAGUGAAAGAAUAGAAUUUUUGCGUUAGUGAGGACAGAGUUUUGCUAUGCUUUGAGGAAGAUCUAUGGACAGUCAAACUGGAAUAUGCAGUUAAGCUCUUUCAAAAAAAAAAAGGAAAAAAGUCAGUAGUUAAUUUUUUAUUGCUUUAUACUGGGAGCUAAAAAAGUAGGUGUGACUUAGAAAUGGUAUGUGCGUGCUGGAUGUGUGCAAAUACUGAUACGGGUGUAAUAUGUAAUCCUUGUGAUAGGUAUUCAGGGAAAAUGUGCAAGCUGGUUCUAAAAAAUAUUUCUUCCUUGUAAGAAAAUUCCUCCAAGCCUAUGAUCUUCAAGGACACAAGCUUGGACCUCACCAAAGAAUGGAAGGCAUGUGGGGGGGACAUAGGAAGAUCAUUUAUCUCAAUUGAUUUAAGGUGAAAGGAGCAAGAGUGCAGAUGCCUAAUAGUGUUUUCAUGAAACAUCUCUUUUUGAUGUGAAGCUGCAGUGCAGCACUAUCUAAGGUACCAUGCAGGUCCCUAUUCUUAGAAAAUAUUUCAUGGUGUUUUGGAUAGCACUGUGUGGUAGCUGCUGGUAAAUAAGGAGAAGGAGCCUCAAAGGAGACUUUCCUUCAAAGGAUGCGGAGAUAAGCAACAGUUAUUGCAGUUACUCUCUUUCUAAAGAGAAGUGAAAGUGCACAUGUUAGAAAGCUAAAAUUUUGUUAGAAUUUUGGCCGAAAAUAUGCACAGCAUGUGCUUCACUGAAGUCCUGACUCUGCUUCUGCCUUGCUAAAUGUCUGGAAAUAAUCCAAAGUGACACAGGUCCUGCAGGAUUAUUGAUCUGCAUGGGAUCAGUCUGUUCAGAUUCUCAUUUCUGUGGCUGUGUAUAUUGGUUAUAACUCCUGAUGUGAGUAAAGUUGUGCUACUGUGAAGUGUUUCCUUAAAACUCAGCUGUAAACCACAGCUUUUAAAAGGUAGUGGCAGAACCAGUGACUACACAAACCUAUGCCCUUCAUAGAAAUAAAAGAAAAACCACUGGAUAAUCACUCGACAUAUGUUGUCUCUUUCACUUCCAAAACCAGAUGACAAUACUGACUCCUGUUGCACUUCCUCUAAUUGCUGUAGAUUUGCAUUUGCUUUAUAACUUUAAAGAAUUUUGACAUUUAUAAUUUCACCAUCUGAAUUUCAAAAAAUAAGAGAGCUUAAAAAUUAAAAACUUGUUCAUUCCAUUAUCUAGCCACUGUGAAAUUGGUCUUUGAACAAAAGCGUCCUGAUGCAUUUCAUGCUCCUCUGCCAGGCUGCCCAAGUUGCACAGAAAGGCUUCCCAGGUUUUGGUGCAAAGAUAACAGUGAACCAUUAGUUCUCAGACUGAGAUGCAAAUAGAAUAUUGCUCUUUUCAGUCUUACAAAAAGAAAAACUUGAAAGUGAGAGCAUGUUGUCUUUCUUUCUGAGCUGUAUUUGUACAACUGGUCAUGACACAGUAGUCUUUGUUGAGACAUAAAGAAAACCAGAAAGAAAGAAGAAAAAGCAAAUCUUACGUACUAAAAUUAGUAAACAGAAAUGGAAAGUUUUGUUUUUUUUUUUCCACAAAGCUGAAUUCAGCAUGAUUGUUCUCUUUUCUCUCACCUUCUUUUGCUCAAUUUUGGUGUUUAGAUAUCUAAACACCCUUAUAACCUGACCAGCUCAGACUUUACUGUAUUUAUCCUCAAGGUGCUCCUGUAAAGAAGAUAAGUGCUGUUCGCAUUUCACAGGUGGAAACCUGGACACAGAGACACUGAAGAACAACUUACCUGCCAGAGGCCUCUCUCAGGAGAUCUGUGGAGCAGGAAGAGGAAACCUGGUUUCUCAAGUGAGAGUUUCUUGGUGCCUUGCCCAGCAGCCUCUGCUGCUGCCCAUUGUGGGUUGGAAGGAAGCACUGUGGUGUGGGUUGUGUGUGACCUGAGCUCACUCCUGGCUCUGUCGUGGUGAUGUUACUCUGGCAAUUAGUUACAUGGGCUUAAAAGGUACAAUGACUGUUUGUGGAGGAUUAUGAAUCAAAGGGAGGUUUAAAAUGCCAGAUCAGCAUUCCUAGAUCAAACAUCGUAGUUUCCAGGUGUUCUAACAAAUUUUGGUCAUCCAGUUGUAAGUAGACAUGGAUUUUCUGUUUGAGGUGUUGAUCUACCUUCUGCAUCUUCAGAGAGGAUAAAGGUCCUCAGGAGUCUGUAGGUUUCUGAUGCUUCCUGCUAUAUGACAUGAUUUAGCCUUAAAUUCUUGGAACUAGCAAAACACUACCUGCCUUGAGCCUGCCAGGACACAGCACCUUUCAGUUCAGAAACCUGAGCUAAGUUUUGGCAACUAACCUGUCACGUUACCUUUCAAGGGAACACAAUGAUCAAACGAGGUUAUGUCUAGGUGUGGUUUUAACAUCUUUCUUGCCAUGGGAUAAUUGCAAAUGUCAGUAAAGGUUCUGGAGAUUGUGGACAGUAUAUUCAUACACUUAUGUCCAGAGUUAUUGUGCUUGGCUUCAGAGAAGCUCUUAAGCAAGAACUGAACCCUAUGGAUCCAUACGGGGUUUGAUUAUGGUUGCAACAUUAUUAGUAAUCUUAAAAGAAUUACUGCAGAUUUUAAUCUCAUACAAGCACCUUUUCCUGGUCGCCUCAGCAAGGUGUGGUUUCUGUCAUUGGACCAGUGCUGCGACACAACAGCAGAUCAGAACAAACCUGAUGAAAGCUCUAUAUAACUUGAAAAGCAUGAUAGAAUAGUUUGGCUUUGGAAGAGAUCUUUAAGGUUCUGCAUUCCUCCUGCUGCAGAGCUGAGACCUCCCACAGCUCUGUUGCCCUGUGCAGAGGUGCUGGGAUUUCCCAGUUAUCUGAUUUCCUCCUUGAGCAGUUCUGCUUGCAGUGCCCACCAAUGAUUGGCUUUUAACAUCACUUUGUUACAAGUGGUUUGGGUUCAAUAACCUUUACCAAACAAAUUAAUGAGGCAAAAAGUGUUUUAUUUC